UCAGGUUUUUUCCCCAGUGGUAGCACCUUUCUAGGACGGCUUGGUCUUUCUCGUUGGAUGACUCUUUCGCUCAGCGGAGAGCGUCUGUGAUUUUCCGGUCUGCUUUCAAGUGCAGUCUUAAUUAUCUUGACCCUAUCCUCAGUAUGGCUGGCCAGCUAAGGAUUCUUCUAGCGUUCUUGCUCAUUGGCGCUGUUUGCGCUGAUUCUACGCAGAUCCCAACGCCUUGUGAUGCGAACUUUAAUCCCAGUGGAUCAUACAGCGCUUGUGCAAGGAGAAACGUCUACAAUGGCUAUAUUCCUAACACAAUUGGCCCGAGGAAAGUCGCACCGAUUUGCAAUGCCGGUUUCUUACCCUAUCCUGGCAAAGAAGAUACCUGUGCUGGAGAUGAUUCUUGGAGAACGGCCGGCGAGCCUUACUGUUACCAACCUAAACCAGUCGUUCAGCCCUGCACUACUUUUAGUAUUUGCGCUAAACGUGUUGUCUGGGACGGCUAUUUUCCGCGAACAAUUGGUCCAGCUUCCGCCACCGUAAGGUGCAACCACGGCUUCCAAGCUGAUCCGAACUACGUAGCUCGCUGUCGCCUAGAUAAUUCCUGGGGUAUUCCAUCAGGAAGGCAUUGCCAUCGUAUUUGUAACCGAACGUCUGUCACAAAUGGCUAUUUCCCCAAAACAAUUGCUCCAGCCAUUGCCAGGGCAGUGUGUCAUCCCGGCUUGUUUUCAGAUCCAAACCCAAAAGCUAUGUGUGCUGAGGACAAGGGCUGGGUAAUCCCUCAAGGGCCACAUUGCUAUUUUCAAGGCGAUGUAUGUCAGGCGGCUGACCACGAGGGUGCACAUUACGCAGCUGUAGGCGAUGGCCGAACCACCUCGGGAACGUGCAAUCCUGGCUACUUUCCCAUCGUGAACAUCCAAGAUUACCUCAAAAUUGCAAGGUGUACAAAACCCACCGGAUGGUCCUUCUCCGGAGUACCAAUUUGCAGAAUUUACGCCUGA